CCGAGGCUGCUGCGCUUGCGAGGUGCGGCCGCCGAGGCUCAGGACGUACUUCUAGACAAGGAAAAGAUGAAAGCAGAACUGGAUACAGCCAAGAGAGAGCUUGCUCAGGCACAGUCCAAAGAACUGACGGUGCGACAAGGAGCCAGCAAGACGGAGGCAUCAUUGAAGGAAGCAGUCCAAAGCAGGCUGGACUUGCAGCAAGAGCUGGAGAAGUUGAAGGCGGUGAGCUCCAGCGAGGCCUCGGAGCGCAAGACCCUGGAGGCCCAGAUCGCCAGCCUCGAGGCACAGCUAAAAAAUGUGAAGAGCGAAGAUGGAGCAGCCCAAGCCUUACGUCAGCAAGUCACAAAGCUUGAGGAGGAGUUGGCUCAGCUGCGAGCAAAGCACUUGCAGGCGGCCAGCGACCAGGCUGCCAAGAUUAGCGCUUCGGAGGCCAAAGCCUUGGACGCCGAACGCACGCGAAUCACCUUGGAGCAGCAGAUCUCCUCCACCACCGCUGAGUUGUCAAGCGUCUCCAAGCGACUGAAGGAGGCACAGCUGGCGGAGUCGGAGUUGUUGAUGACGAAGACGCGCUUAGCAGAUGCCGAGACUCAGCUCUCACGUGCACAUCAAGAGAUGGCCAAGAGAGAAGGCGACGUGGCCACACAGCGAGCAGCCGCGCAAGCUUCGGCGCUGGAGUUGGCGGCACGCGAUCGGCUACUUCAGCAGCUUCGCGACGACCUCGCCGGACAUGAAGAGCUCAUCAAGCGUUUGAAGCAGGAAAACUUGGAGCUCGAGGCCCAGCGAUCUGAAAUCUCUCGGCUGAAGCGGGAACUCGCGAACCUUCAGGGUGAGACCGCCUCAGAGGGUGAGACCUUGCGCAGCGAGGUGCGCAACCUCUUGGCCGAGGUCAAGGAGAAGGAGCAGAUGCAGAUCAAGGUGGCCGAGCUCACGGCACAGCUCUCCCAGGGUCGCAGCAGCCAGGCGCUGCUGGAGACCAGCACGGCGGAUGCCAAGGAGCAGCUGCGUGGAGUGCGUGCGGAGCUCACGGAGCAACGUGCUUUGGCCGCUGAGGACGCCCGGCGGCUCCGUUCCGAGCUCUGGGAGGAACGCUCUGCCGCCGCCUCGGCAGCGGUGGUGGCCGCAGGGGAGCUGGCUGCCCUGCGAAGCAGUCGCGGUGGAGACGCCGUAGCAGAGAUACCCAGCGCCUCCAGUGGUCGCGAGGCAGAUGAGGCUUUACGCCAGCAGGUCUCCGUCCUCGAGGCAGAGCUGCGCCGCGCGCGCGCCGAGCAGGCAACAGCGUCUGCGACGGUGUCGGCGGAGCGGCAGCAGCUGCGGCAACUGCAAGUGGAGGAGGACCUGGCGUUGCGCCAGGCGCGCGAGGAGGCCCGACAGGCACGGGAAAAGUUGACCAGUAGCGAGGCCAACAUCUCCGCACCUUGCUGUGAGUUCAGAACAGUCUUCGAGGAGUGGCAACGGCGCCUGGUGGCCGAAGUGGAGGCCGAACGCUCGGAGGGCGACCAGCGGGCGCAGCGCUUGCGCCAGGAGUUGCGGCGCUUGGAGCAGGACUCAGAUGAGGCUUCGGCUCGGCAGCGCGUGGAGAUGCGGCGGAAGGAUCAGCAGCUGGCCGAGUUGGAGAAAGAGCUGCGGCAGUCGCAGCGACUCCUGGCAGCGAAGGAAGCGGAGCUCUCAGACGUUCAACACCUGCACGAGGCCAGACUUCGACGGGAGGAAACGACACUGACGACGCGGAGUCGCGAAUCUGCAGAGUGGGAAGCACAACUGAAGGUGAAGAUGAACCACUUAGACGAACGAGAGGCGCUGCUGAGAAGUGCCGAGCAAAUGCUUCGGCAGAAGGAGACCGAGCUCGAAGGUCAGACCGAGCCUUUGCUACGAGGCACCUGGCCGGCAGCUCGAAGUGCUUCACCGGCGUCGCCCCGAGGCAAGGCGUCGACCACACCUGCUGCACCAGCGCAGGGCGAUGGCGACAGCCCGGACACGACGGCCAAAGAGGUGGCCCAGCUGGCGCAGCUGGAGGGCGAACCACAGGCCACCACCAUGGAUGGUGAGAUUGAGGAGAUGCUUGCCGCCUCCAUUGUGACGUUGAAGCCAGAGGUGUGGCCCGGCAAAACACAGCAGCCUGAUGCGCCACAGGAGGGCCAUGAAGAUGAGAAAGGUUUGCUGGAGCUGGUGCAAAAAAAGCGCCGUCAGUUGAAGAAGCAAAGAGCCGCUCUCAUGGUCGAAAUGGAGCACUGGCGAAGCGACGUGACCUCCGGUCGGCGGCCCAAAGCGGAGAAGAACGUCUUGGAGCAACGCUUGGCCACCGUCCUGGAGGGCUUGCGGGAGACCAAGGCCGUCGAGCGAACGCUGCUGAGCCUCCAUUGGCCACAAAAGGAUGUGGACGCGGGCCGACACUACAACUUCGUACCGGCCACUCGCGAGGCCUAUGGCCACACCAGCCCAAGGGAAGAAGCUGCCAUGCGGCUGUUGGAGCGUUGGCGUUCUGAACGUCGCCGUAGAACACACGGGGCUUUGUCGGCCCGCAGUGGUUCCAGUUCGACGAUCCCCUUCAUUAGCCGAGCAAUGCCAUACUCGGCCCGUGCGAGCAGGCGCAAGCCGGUUUCAAAGCGGCGACGGAGGGAAGCGGAAGGGAUCCGAGGGGAGCCUGAGAGCAGGCCCACAGAGAGUCAGCAGUACCAGGAGGUGUCGCUGGAGGUUGCACAGAUCAUUGAGGAGAGCAUCGACUCGGAACUGGUCUCGACGCCAACGGCGGCAUGCCUUUUUACCUUGGAGAUGAGCAGCAUCACUAUGCAUCAGCACGAGAAGAUGUAUAUCUCUGCGGAGUCGCCGUGCGUGAUGGUGAAGUGGGACCAUGCUGAGUCGCCCUUCUGGUUGAGCUGCUUGGGCCAUCAGAAGAAGGCGAAGGACAAGCCUUCGAUGUUGCUGGAGUGGACCCGAACACGGUCCUCAAGGGAUGCACUGCGAUUGGAGGUCGUCAAGGACCGCUUCGGGCUCAACGACUUCGACACGGUGGUGUAUCACCGGAUGGAGCUGCGGAAGAACAUGAUCCCACGCAUUAGCAGUCCGACGAUGUCCAUGGAGAAGUGGAUCCACGAGCUGCAAAAGGCCGAAAGGGCCUUCAGCGAGAUGAUUUUCUUCUUGGCACAUUCCUUGAAUUGGCAGUAUGGUGCUGAAGAGACCAAGAAGCGUUCCGACGCACUGAAGGAGGCCUGGUCAGUGAACCCACAACGGCAGCGCUUCGUGCGAGAGCUGAAGUAUAUCGAUGAGACGGUGAAGUACUUCCGCGCCUUGUCCAGCACCAUGCCCGAGAUGAGCGAUGAUGAGGUGGACUUCCAGACACGGCAAAAGGGAAGGUCCACCAUCACUGGUGGGAACUUUUCAGGCCCCACCAGAGGCCAGAGCAGCAGUCAAGUCGACGAGGCCAAGGCACGUGUGCUCAAGGUCCUAGUCAGGCUGUGGCUGUACUGCUUCUUGCGGAACCGCAGCAAUGAGAACUUCUUCUACACGAGAGGGUACAUGGACAUCAUCGACGCCAUGAAUGGGCGUGGCUUGGGCGCGUCCGAUGUCUUCGUAGCCCUCUUGAGCCAAAACCGCGAGCUGGUUCGGAAGGUGAAGCCAGAGACGGUCACGAGGUUCCUGAGAUUCAUCCGAGUGCUUGGUCCAUUGGACACGUGGUUGCUCUUCUUGAAGGCGCUUUGCAACCCCCAGAACGAUGGAGCCAUCAGCGACAAGCAGCAGUUGGUGCUCUCCAAGAUCGCCUUCGCAGGCCUGGAUCCUUGUGACCAAGAGCCUGAUCAGGAUGAUCAAGGAUCAUCAUCUUCGACGUCUGACCUUGUGGACGCUUUGCUCCAGGACACUGAGCAAGGGGCUACUUCUUCCAAGCGAAUCAUUAAACUGGCAGCUGUUGCAGCCAAAAGGAUGAAGCGAUUGGGUGCACAUGGGUUCUUUGUUUUUGAAGAACUAUUUUAA